GCAAGAGUGAAAUUCAAUUAUACAUAAAUCAAUCAAUCAAAGCAGGCGCUACCACUACACACAGAGUGUCCCUGCUUGGCCCUACAGCCCGGAAGACAUCGGCGCAGGACGUGAAAAGCACGCAGAACUAAAGCCUGCAAAAUUGGAGCUGCUCGGUGAAAUUUUGUGGUUGGGACACUGCUGCUGCUGUGGAGGCGCCCCCACCCCCAGUCCGUAUCGUAUUCAUCCCCAGCUCCCUGCCGCCACACACACCAAACACACAGUCGCAAGAUGCUGUGUAUACAAUAUUAGCGAUUAUUGAGAAACUACGCGCAGAACACGCACACACUUAGGCGGGCAUAUACACGGACCAGGUAGAAAUCCGCCGUAUUUGCAGCCGCAGCAGAGCUGCCCAUGUGCCGGCAAAAGAAGCAACAACACAAGAUAUUUCGCUGAAUUAUUUAUGCUUUUAUAAACAAUUCCACCCCACUCCACACCCCACGGUGGAAGGUCAAACAAACGCAGAAUAGUUUGUGUGUUCUAGCGAAUGAACAGAUAGAUAGAUUUCCGCGCCAGUUAUAGUUUGGAGCUUGCAAUGGCAACAAGUAGAAACGAAAGCCUGGUACCGGACGCAACGCAGCUGCUGCAGGAACGCCGUCAUCAGCCAAAUGGCACUGCCUCUGCAACAGCAACGAACGGGAAAGCGUCAACAGCACCCACGACAUCCACGAUGAUGGCCAAUUCGGGUACUUUUAUGAAAUUUAAAACAUAUCUGCUGGCUCUGCGUCCUUGGUCGCUGUCUGCCAGUUUAGUACCCACGCUGCUGGGCUCCGCGUUGGCCUAUCGCUCCCAGUGGGCUGCGGAAUUCUCGUUACUCACCUUCUUCCUCACUGCCUUCACCGCGGUCACGGUCCACUGUGCCGGUAAUGUGGUUAACACCUAUUUCGAUUUCAUCAAAGGCAUUGACAAGCAGAAGGCUGACGAUCGCACGCUGGUCGAUCACAUACUCACCAAGGAUGAGGUGGUUUCGCUGGGCGCCAUCUUAUACAUGGCCGGCUGCGGGGGCUUCGUGCUGCUCGCCGUACUCAGUCCGGCCAAAAUGGAGCACCUGGCACUGAUCUACUUUGGUGGUCUGUCAUCGAGCUUUCUGUACACAGGUGGCAUUGGUUUCAAAUACAUUGCCCUGGGCGAUCUGGUCAUCCUGAUCUUGUUUGGGCCCAUCUCGGUGCUAUUCGCAUUCAUGUCACAAACGGGUCAUGUCGAUUGGACAACAAUGGGCUAUGCCAUACCGCUGGCCCUCAACACGGAAGCCAUCCUCCACAGCAACAAUACGCGCGAUGCGGAGAGCGAUUGCAAAGCGGGCAUUGUCACCCUGGCCAUACUCAUUGGACGCACUGCGUCGCAUGUGCUCUACGCCAUGCUACUUUUUACACCAUACUCUCUGUUCUUCAUCUUUGGCCUGAAGUACUCCCUGUGGUUCCUGCUGCCACUUGUAACACUCCCGCAGGCCUUUAAGAUCGAGAAGCGGUUCCGUAACGAGCAGACGAUGCAUCUGGUGCCGCGGCAGACGGCCAAGCUGAACUUCUUCUUUGGCAUUCUUUAUAUUGUGGCCUGCUGCUGUGCCCAACAGUUGCCCACAUUUGUGCUUCGGAAAGUUUAAAAAGGGAGAUUACUACGAGACGACGGAAUCAAAUCGUAAAUCGCUGCAAAAUGUUUAGGGAAUUUCAUUAGUUUUUAUAGUCAAUGAGUGUAGCCGUAACCUCGUCUCGUGAUUUUGUUCUAUUGAAAAGGAAAAAGAAAACCUGAAAUGUAAUUUUGUGUCAAUUUCGCGCAGGUUUUGAUGUUGCACAAAAGUUUCGAACGCUUGCUAGUCUCCCAAUAAGUCUUGUCUUAAACAUCAUUUGGAACUGAACAUAUCCUAUGUACCCUACCUAUACUGUAUACUCGCUUUUAUUUAUUUCACCUUUCAUUACUAUACUCUUCCUCUCUCGCGCGUUGGGAAUCACGGACCAAAAGAAUGUCGAUGUGCAACAACAGUCAGUAAUCAGCUUAUAUAUAUCCUUGAACAUAUAUAUGAAUAGCUGAAUUGAAUUGAAAUGUUAGUUAAAGUUAAAAAAUCAUAGCCAUAAAUGGUGCAGCAGAUACUUAAGUUUUUUCGUGUGUGCGUGUGAAUCAAAAUGCAGAUUUACUUUAUAGAAAUGCUUGAAAUGCAGCUAAGUUAAGGAUAAUUCGUGUGUGGAAGCUGGCUUUGCUUUUGUGUAACCAUUGUUAGAGUUUUUACAUAUAUUAUAUACACCAUAUAUAUAUAAAAAUAUACUAUACAUCUAGAUCAUGUAAGCCCAGUGUCUAGCGGCAGGCUCAAGAGUGAGAAAUAUCGAAAGCGAAAAACACAAAUUUAAAUUUAAAUUUAAAGAAAAAGAAAAGGGGAAUAUAUACACAAAUAUUUGUAAAAGACGAAAGUCGAAAGAGCAACAAUUGUUUUCCAUUAACAAUAACAAAUAGCUUUAACAAAAGAAUAGAGAGAAGAGAACCGAAAGAAGGCAGAAAAGUCAAAUCCAUUUGUAUCCAAAAUCCAUUGUGUAAUUUUGAGCAAUUUUACGUGGCAAUAAUAAUUUGUACGCUUUGUUUUUUGGUACAUUGUACAAGA